UGCCUCCAGCAGUGUCCCAGAUCUUAGAUAAGAACUGCGUCUUCUUAUCUAAUCCAAACGGCCAGCGCGGCCACCGCGCGAUGGCGCAGGAUAAGGAUAUGUGCACGACCCUGCGACGUAUGUGUACGGUGUAGCUACUACUACUCUUGCAGCGGAUCCUACUCGCACGGCCAAGUCCGAUGGCCCACACUGCGAGCUGCGAUAUGCGUCCUAUCAGCUGCGGUGGCAGCCGGUCCACGAGGGCCUAGCUCGAGGGCCUUGGCCGGCUCGGCGUCGAUCCCACGCCCUCGUACAUGGCAGCCUGUCGCCCAUGUAUACACGGCGUAGGACCUGUCUACCGCAUCGUCGGUGCUUUGUCCAGCCUCCAGCGCCGCCUCAGUGCGUGCCAGUGGAGCACCUACGCCACGCCUGUUACCAACGCGAGCAAUUUAAUACAUUUCGUGGGCGUAGACUUGGGUUUUGUAGGUGGAAUUGAGCAAACGCAAAACAAGGCGGAAUUUGAAGCCAUCAACCAAGCGUGUCGGCGACGCUCCUUGUAUGAAACGAAGGAGCACAGAGUCCGACGUCAGCCGCGCCACGAAGCCUCGCCUCAUGACCGCCAUGCCCGACCCGACCAAGGACGAAGAGGACGAGACGUCGCCGCCGUCGCCCGUCGAGAAGGACUCGGGCGCACCCGAGAACGAAGACGACCUCGUCGACUUUGUCGUGCUCCGCGUCGACGAGCUACAAGCGCCGGCGACCAACUUUAGCUGGAGCCCACGCCUCAUAUCGGCGUCGUGGCAAGUCAAGUACACGGCUGUCGAGACGCUGCGGCAGACCAUCAAGUUUGACCCGGCGUACAUUCAAGGCGACGAUGCCCACAUCAUUGAUGCCACCAAGGACCUCGUCGUGCCCAGCGCACUUGAUUUGCGCUCAACACUGGCGCGCAACGCGCUCCUCUGCCUCGGCGAGCUCAUCCAAUGCACGCCGCAGUCGGCUCUUCUGUCCGUCGUGAUCCCCGCCCUCCUAUAUCGGUCCGUCACGGACAAGAAGUUUAUGCAGAGAGUCGCCACGACCGCGCUGGACCACACGGUGCGUUGCUGCGACCCGCUCGACGUGCUCUCGGAGCUCUUGCCGUUCGCGACCGACAAGAACGCCCAGCUCGUGACCAAAGCUGGGACCUACGUCGAACAGUGCCUGCUCAAGAGCCUCGCGCAGCCAUGGGAAGCCGCGCAGCUGCACGCAUGGAUCACACCGCUCGCCAACUUUCUCAACUGCCGCGACGUCCACGGCAAACCCGCGGCGAAGCGCUGCCUCAUGCUCCUCCGCAAGACGUUUGGGGAUGUGGCAUUUGAAGCCGCUGUCGACGCGCAGCUCAGUGGCAUCACUCGUGCCGAUGUUCUCAAGGUCUCGACGGCCGCCGCCCGAAGCUCGAGUAUCGUACGGGUGCACCCGGGCCAAAAGAAGGGCGCCAAACUCAGCACGCGGUCGGGCCCGAGUCUCAAGGAGCGCCUGCAACAACAGCAACAGGCAGCAAAAGCGACGCCAGUACCUAAGUCGCCGUAACGACACGAGCUCAAACACA